GUACACAUACAAAUAAACAUGGCGAAAUUAUUGUGGGUGUCUUUCUGAUUGAAAAUCAGCUGUUUGUAUUUGUUUUUAGUAGAUAAUAAGACACCAUGCUGAAUGACAACUCUGUUGAUGACCUUUUACCUUUAUAACCAUGGCAACAGAAAAGCAGUCAUUUAAAGACAGAACGAUUAAGAAGUUAUUAGGAAACAGGUUCACAAAGAGUUCACACAGUGAUGAGAAUUUGCCAGUCAACCCUAACAAUGCAGGAAAAGCUUCAACUACUACAUGGUAUGUCCAUGAUGGUGAAUCAGAAAUAGAACCGCUGAUCGACACAGGAGAGAAAGGAUCAUUAUCUAAUAAAACAAAGAAAACAUCAAAGACUGUUCCUGGAAAAAUUUCUAGCAACUGGUUCCUUCAAGAUGAAUCCAAUUUGCAGGCAGAUACCAGUAAGAAGGAAUCACCCCCUGACCAAUCAUAUGCUCCUGUUAAGUUAGAAAGGGCUGGCAGUCUUGGUUCUAAGAAGAAGGUUCAGCCAGAUGGAACAUUUGUGUAUGAUGUGAAGGCCACAGACACACUUUCAAGUAUCGCAGCUCAUUACGAUGUAACGCCAUCGGAAUUAAAGAAGCUUAACAAACUGACAAGUCAAUAUAUAUUCCCUCAGCAGGUAUUGUACAUUCCAUCAGAAGAUAGAAAGAAAAAAACAGAGAAGAAGAAAGAAGUAGAGAUGGUAGUCGGUAGUCCACCAAAGGAUGACAGACCUAGAAUGGACAUACCGAUUGUCAAGAUGGCCGACAAGCCACCGUCAAGGGUACCAGGUCAUGCUCAAAGACAGACACCAGUUACCUCCCCUAAAGAUGAUGCUGAGUUUGUCAUACCACAUGUAUUAGAUGAGGAUGAAAUACAACAGCUGGACCAAGAUUGUUAUGAGAGAUUUAUUAAAGUCAACUGUAAACAUAUUACUGAUGGCCAGGGUGUGGUGUCUGGUGUAUUGCUGGUUACCCCUAAUGCUGUUAUGUUUGACCCAAAUGUGUCAGACCUUUUAGUCAUAGAGCAUGGAGCAGACACAUACGGAGUUAUUGCCCCUAUGGAUAUGAUCAUAAGCUGUGCCAUGUACCACGAUAUAGUUGCUAUGAAUAGAAAGAAAAACAAGGAUGAAUCAGAAGAUACUCCAAAACCAGAGGUAUACCAUGAUAGAACUUGUGCUCAUUAUCAGUCAUGGGUCAGAGGUCAUAGUGUUACGACCUUCAAAAUAGGUUCAAAGGUCAUACAAGAAAAGUCGAGUCCAUCAGGAACCAGUGAACAUUCAGAAACAACAAGUAUUUGUUCAUGUGGUGUAGCUGAUCAAAAACUUUCGCCACAAAAAAGUCCGAGUAGCAAUCGAGUUCUUACUCAGAGCUAUUCACCUGUGUCUUCAAACUUUGAAAUUAUAAGUCAGUCGUCUUUUGGCGGGGAAACAACAAAAGAACAUGAAAAUAGUGAUGUUCGUAAAACAUUGUUUGACAAUGAAGCAUCAGAAAAUGAAAAUACUUUGGUCGAAGACAAAACAAAUGAUGAAGGUAUUGUGGAUUUAAUUGAUUUAAGUGUGCCAGAAAAUAAAACAGAAAAAUUCUAUCUAGAAGAUAAUGAAAAUGAUUUAACCAAUCAAAAUUCAGACAAAAAUGAUAAUAAAGAUGUUAUUAUUGAAAAUCAACUGGUUUCUGAAAACAAUUCUGGAAGUGAUGAUACAAAUGGAAAUCAAUCUCCGGGUGAGAUGAGAAUCGGUAACAUUGUUUACAUGCCUGUCUCUGAAAACAGUAAAGGCGAAGUUUCUGAAAAAGAUAUACAGGAUGUCAAAACUACAUUGUCAAGAUUAAGUAUGACCGAUUUUGAAAGUAGGGAUCGAACAUCCUCUGCUCCGGUUGAUGUGCCGAUUGUUAGCAUGACAAGUAGGAAAGAAAAAGAAUCGUCAAGUCAACCAAAAUCUCUGGGAUCAUUCAGUGGAUCACUAACCUCUAUUUCGCCUCACAUUAACACUUUUGUAAAUUAUGCAACAGGAUUAUUCAAACCAGACAGUAGGGCUGAUAUUAAAGAUGUUAGUGAAAUCCCAAAGGAAAACCCACGGAAUAGUGAAGUCCGGAAGGAAACUCCACGGAACUUUUCCUCAUCUGGUACUAAUUUAAGUAUUAACAUGACGGAGCAGGAUUUUGCUGUGGCUGUUGAAAGUGCUGUAAAACUUGCUGAUAAACCAGAAUUAUUUCAGUCAUUUGAUAAAUUAAUACCAAAACCAGCAGUAAGUUAUGAAGAUCCACCAUUGUACCUCUGCAUACGACUAGGUAAACCAAUCAGAGGAGAGAUAUCACAGACCUGUCCUAUUGCUGCUUACAGUAAACAGAAAAAGAAACCAGAAUACUGGUUCUCAAUACCAAGAGAAAAAGUAGAUCCUUUGUAUGCUUUUUUUGUCCAAUGGAAACCUGAGAUAUACGGAGAUGACGACGACAUGAUGGCUGAAAAACGAGGAUUUGUUGUCUUGUCCGAAGAUGCAGAAGAGUCGGGGGACAUUGAAAUUUUAGAUGAAUAUUUUGGAGGAGGUAGUUUACAAAAAGAUUGGGAGUUUAUUGCAGAUAAAAAGAUAAUCAGUGCUGAAGAGAUGAUGAAGAGAAAAUCUAUAGAUACUGAUGAUAUUAUCUUGAUGCCUGAAUUACUGGCUAAAUCUAAUAUCUUAGAGGACUUUCACCUAGAAAUGUUGAACUCAGUGAUGCCUCCCCGAACUGUUGGAUAUCCCUGGUCUCUGAUAUACAGCACAGAGAAACAUGGCUUCAGUCUGAAGACUAUGUACAGACACAUGAAUGAUAUAGAUACUCCUAUAUUACUGGUUGUCAAGGAUACUGCAGAAAAUGUGUUUGGUGCCAUGACGUCAUGUGAGAUGAAAGUUAGUGAUCAUUUCUAUGGAACAGGAGAAUCUUUCCUUUAUUCAUUUUAUCCAGAAUUUAAGGUAUUCAGAUGGACCGGAGAAAAUAAUUUCUUCAUGAAGGGAAACCAGGAGAGUUUAUCUAUUGGUGCUGGACAAGGUCAGUUUGGACUUUGGUUUGAUGGAGAUAUUUACCAUGGUAGGACCAAUCAUUGUGAGACCUAUGAUAAUGACAUUUUAACAAUCUCAGAAGACUUUGUUGUCAGUUGUUUUGAAGCAUGGGGAUUUACAGAUUGAAAAAAAAAAAUCUGGUUGUUAUGAAUAUUCUUGGGAAGAUUUCGCCAAAGCACAGAUAUGUGAAAAAAUUUAGCAUUAUAUCAAUAUGUCAGGAUCUUUUUUAUUUCGUAAAUAUUUACAGCAAAAAUGAUUAUACGAGUAAAACAUGUCAAAAGGUGAAGGUCAUGCUACAGUGUAACCUCAGACUGGUUCAAGUUGUUCAUCUACUGUAUAACUAAUCUGUUAACACUGUGGUUAUGAGUUGGAAAGCCCGUAUAUAGCAGGUGUGCUCAAUUAAAUCUUGCUGGACAUGAACUAGGAUUGUCAGUUUUCCUGUCAAAGGUCUAUGUGGUCUCUCCAGCCACUUCAGCUUCCUCAAAAAGAACAGACUUCCAUGAUAAAGAUAUAAUGCUGAAAUUGUCGUCAAAAAAAUAAUCUUCCUGGCCUCUUUCCCCUGUGGUUCCAAUGGAAUAAGAUAGCAAUCCAUUUGGAUAAAAGUAAAAUAUUUUCAAAGAUCAGCAUAAUAAUCAACAAUAGAUUAGUGUCAAGCUAUUAAAUCACCCAUCGACCUA